AUGAGUGUGGAGCAGAUGCUACUGGUCCACCGGGUACUAACGCAGGCUAUUACUAAGACAGCCUUUGGAGCGCAGCCAGGAAUGGGAACAAAAUUUUUGGGUCUCAUCCACAAGCAACGUUGGAUUUUGGUAACGUGCCUGAAUAAGGCAAGCCAGGACUGGAUUGUGGGUGAGAUCGGAAAACUGAAACCCUGGCCAGAAGCAGAGCUCUCGAUAAUACCCGAGAGCGAAAUGCCUAAGCCUCAACUGGGCAUCGCCUUUGUGCCUCUCAGCGAAGCUGACUCUUCAGAGAAGGCGGCUGUACUUAUGAGGGCACAAAAUAAAGGGCUCCGUAUCGAGCUCUGGAAAAUCCUCAAUCGUAGGGACGAGAAGAAUGGGUUCCUAGUAACUUUUUCUCUGGACAACCCAUCGGUGGAGGCUCUCUGGACAGCAAGUGGCAGAGUCGUCCUUGGCUUUUAA